GAGUGCGCUUGACUUUGAGCUCAGACAAAAGCAAUCAAACACCGAGCAGCCUUAUUGCUAAGUGCAAGAUGGCAUCCACGGACCAGUCUGAUCCACCAGCACAGGCUGCCCUUCUUCCUGGUAACGAUGUGCCGGCUCCCCUCAGAGAAGAACUGGUUUCUACAGCUAUAAAAUUUCUUCAAAAUCCAAAAGUACAUCAGAGUCCCUUGGCCACCAGAAAAGCCUUCCUGAAGAAAAAAGGCUUGACGGACGAGGAGGUUGAGCUAGCCAUUCGGCGUUCAGGCAGCACGGAUGACGUCCUACCUUUGAGAACUGGAAGCCCACCACAACUUCUUGUCUCUCCUCCCUUCGCUGCUGCUCCACACAGUCCAAAAGGCUACAGAUGGAGGAACUACGGUGCCUUCGCUAUCAUGAUGGUGGGCAUAGCCUACAGCUGUCAUCAACUUUACAAGAAAUACAUCCUUCCCCUCAUUAUGGACAGCCGAGAGGACAAGAAGCAUCUGCAGAAGAUGGAGAGCAACAUCGCAGCAAUGAGUGGCACGCUGACACAGACAGUUGGACAACUACAGCAAACCAUGACUUCGCUCCAAGAGCUCCUGGUCCAACAGCAGCAGAAAAUCCAGGAGCUCUGCCAGGAGCUGACUGCAACAGAGGCGGCAUCUGCAACCAGUCGCAUCCUGGACAACCAAACAGUUGGAGAGCUGAAAGCUGAGAUAGUCUCUUUGAAGGGUUUACUGCUCAGCAGGAGGCAAUUUCCUUCCACCCCUUCCGUUUCUAAGAUCCCCUCAUGGCAGAUUCCCUUGAAAGACCCCUCAGUAUCCAGCUCCCAGUCAGGCAACCACAGCAGCAGCGACAUAUCUCCCGUCAGUAAUGAGUCAGCCGACUUGUCCCCUGUGAAAGAUGGACUCCUCAGCCCGCGGGAUGUGCUGAAUGGGUCAGUCGGUGUCAACGGUGAUGUCGCAGGCCUCGACGCGGCAGCGCCCUUGGCCUUGAAACACCAGGUUCGCAUAGAGGUGCAGAGAGAGGAAGAAGAGAAUGACCAUGUUAGAAAGGAAAAGGAAGAAGUGGAGGGUCGAAGCAUGCAGACUGAGGAUCAUCAAGGUGGAGAUGGACAGAUCCACAAACAAGAUGACAAAUUGAAGCAGCCAGUGGGUGCUGGCAAUGAAAGUGAGGUGGAUUAGACACCUGUUAAAUUAUCUUCUUCACCCACCUGUUUGUGACACUCCUAAUGCUUCUGUCAUAUUUCCUGUGGGCUUCUACUUUAUUCAGUCACACUUCAAAUUCAGUGGUACCUCGACACUGCAGUAUAAAUGCUUUCAGAUGAAACAAUUCCAUCAUCUCAUUCACAGUUUAGUGUGUGGUGCAGCUGUGGGUUAGGAAUCAUGUUCAUUUCUUCACUUCAAAAGUUACUGUCCUGCUUGCAGAGAAGCAUUAGCUGGGUUUCUUUUGAUGGCAAUUUGAAAGGACAAUCCCGACCAGGAACGUAGCUUUUAGCCUCUUUUAUUUGUGCUUCCGCAUUGUUGUCAGUCUGUCAAUAAUUCACAAGGCCAACGCGGUUCCAUUUGGGUGAAAUAAAAGCCUUGAAAUUCAA